GAGAUUUGGACGAUGAGGGGCAUGAGUGGUUGCUAAGCAGGCACAACCUCUAUGUACCUCUCCCCUCGCUCUCUCUGUCUCUCGCACAUUCUGUCUUGCCAUCUCAUGGGGAAUGUAGCUGAGCAGCCACCCACAAGCUUAGAGAGGACAGCAAACAGACUACACAACUGUAGCCACAACAGCAUCGAAAAAUCUGUGUGCAUCAGUGGAAUUUCUGUGUACAGAAAGUGGAAUGUGGAAACACAGAUCUCCUAACUAAAUUUUGCCACAGCAAUCAUGCCUGUGCUCUGCCUUAGGCAAUGUUCAGCUGAGGUCACGGAGCGGUGGACUCUGGUGUUGGCAGUACUCUCUAAUGUUUAACCUCAUUUGAUGAUAGGACUGGAAUCUGCUGCAGCGGAAAGGUAUUUCAGGUGGCCAUACAUCGUACUGUCUUCUUUAUGCUGAACUAUUAUGCUCCAGCUUGAGAGCGCCAAAUGCAGCUUUCUCUUAUGCCUUGGCAUUUGUAUCUUUAUCUGCUCCAUCAUUUAUCUCAAGGCCAGGACCUCUUAUGCUCCCACAGCUCUGAGUCAUCUAAAGUGCCGUCCAUUCCCUGACAACUGCCAAGCCCUGUCCAACAACUCCUCUUACAAAAGAUGGCAGAGAAUGGAAUGCCUAAACAUAGGCUACUUCGAUGGUCCAAUGAACUGCUACCGCAUGCAGACCGACUUUCACUUCAUCAUGGAGCCACUGAGCAGAGAAGAGGCGGACUACCCUCUGGCCUUUAUCAUCACUAUUCACAAAGAACUGGAAAUGUUUGUGCGUUUGCUGAGAGCCAUCUAUGCUCCUCAAAACAUUUACUGCAUUCACGUAGAUGUCAAAGCUCCAGAAAACUACAAAACAAGCGUUAGACGCUUGGCUGGGUGCUUCCCCAAUGUCUUCCUGGCUUCAGUUAGUGAGAGAGUGACCUAUGCUGGUUUUUCACGCCUGAAGGCUGACAUGAACUGUAUGGAGGACCUGCUGAAGUCUGCAGUCAAAUGGAAAAAGGUCAUAAACCUGUGUGGCCAAGAUUUCCCCAUCAAGAGCAACUUAGAACUGAUCCGAUAUAUGCAAGGAGCAGAAUGGAGGGACAUAAAUAUGACUCCAGGGGUUAAGCAGCCAGAGUACAUGCAGCACAGAACUCAAAUGCAGCACAUGGAAGUCAUAGGUGACUAUGUUGCUUCCAAAGGUCAAGGUCACAGAAAGGAUCCCCCUCCACACAACCUGCAGAUCUACUUUGGCACCGCCUACUAUUCUCUGACAAGAGCAUUCGUGGAGUACGUGUUCAAAAGCUCUGUGGCCAAAGACCUGCUAGAAUGGUCAAAAGAUACCUAUAGCCCAGAUGAGCAUUACUGGGUAACCCUUAACCAUGUGAAAGAGGCACCUGGCAGUAAUAUAAAUGGUGGUUGGGAAGGUGACAUUCGGGCCAUUAAAUGGAAGGACCAAGAAGGGAUAGUGCAUCAAGGCUGUAAUGGACGUUACGUCAGGGACAUCUGUAUCUAUGGCACUGAGGACAUACCCUGGAUAAUUGAGAAGAAUAGCAUGUUUGCUAAUAAAUUUGAAAGCACAGUUGCUCCUGAGGCUCUGGACUGCCUGGAACAGUGGCAUAGGCACAAAGUCCUACAGCAAGCUAUGGUGCCCAUUCAGUCAACAUGGCAACUGGCAAUGGAAGUCAAUAUUAGCAGUGCCAUAACAGUGGGUUAACUGUAAAUCCAAAAAUUCUGUGAUGUAGUUAAGAAAAGGAAGCCAAAAAAUUUUAAACCAACCUAUUUAAAAGGUUCUGUAUGGAAUAAUUAAUUCAGAGAACAUGAGCUAUGGAUAUCAUAUACAGAAAGAUCUUUCAUCCCAUAGCCAAUUUUUAACCAACAAUUUUAUUGCAUCUCUGUGUUCACAUUUUGUGGUUGUUGUAUAUUGCUGUUAAGGGAACUGAGAGGCAGGAUUGAGAACAGAACAGCACUGAACAGUCAGGAGCAUUACUGCAUCUUGCCAGAUCACAGAUCAGUUAACACUAAAUGAAAAGUAAUAGGGAAGAUAUGACAGAAAAUGAAACUGAGUUUUAAAUGCACAUGUACAUAAUGGCGUCUAAACAUUUUUUGCCUAUUUAUUUUACAACUCAGAGUAAUGUUUUGCAUAGAAUGUGGAUCAUCUUAAAGCCUUAUACACAAUGUCAUGUGAAGAAUGUGUUUUUAUUGUCGGCUAUCAAUAUUUUAAAAGCAAUUUUUUAUAAAUUUUAGAAUCAGAAAAUAUUGUUUUCAACAUCUGCUAUUCAGCAAGUGGUUUCAUCAGGCCCCUGCCAUUCAUAAUAAAUGACAUCCAUUAAAAGGAGAAGUUAACAGGAACUCUUCCAUAGCAAUGUAAUCAGAUGGGCUUUAUAAUGGGGAGGGGCUUUAGAAAGAAAAGCUCAGUCUGGGAAUCACUGGUCAUAUUCAUUCAUAACGAACGCAAUUCACAAGGACAAGAUGUAGCAUUAAGGUAGAUUUUGUGGUAAGCUUAAUCUAGCAAUGGGCUGGCUGUCUGGCUCAACAAUAUAUCAUGCGAGGUGAUGGUUAGUUUUACGCUGUACUACUCUGGAGUCCAGGAACCUAUAUCUCCUUGAUAAAGUGUAGCAACAAAGUGCGAAAAGUGAAAUUAGCUGGUGUUUGCUAAGGUAUGCUGAUAAUACUUCAUUAAAAUAAACUGCACAGUUUGCUCUACUUCAAUUUGGCUAGUUUGGUACUUUUAUUUGCACAAGUGCUGUUUUCUAGGAUAGCUAGCUAGCUAGUUAUAAUAUGAAUGUUAAAGUGUAGGGAGCACACACUGGAUAUGACCAUUAGUAAAUAUUUGCUAGUGGUUGGCAAGCUUUAGUGAGAUCUCUUUCAUGCUUUCCUUGGUGACCCCCAAAAAAUCUUUUACUGUGGCUCUGAUAUGUUGUCCGAAUCUAUAUUUUGUUAACCACCAUUUAUCAAUAUUAAUAGAGUCAGCUUCAGUGUUUUUGUUAUUCAUUAGGCUAUAGGGUGAACAGUGCUCUUUUGGGACCGGAAAAAAACAUACUUGGAAACCAGCUUUUGUUUGGGUGUUGGCCAUGGAGAUAUCCAUGUAUUUAUUUAUUUAUUUAUCAACUAUUUGUACAUUUUCUGUACUGUAUUAUGUCUCUGCAGCCAUG